AUGCCCGCUCCGUUGACAGGUGCGGGCCUGAGCUCCGCUCAGAGCUUAACCAUCGACCUGUUCGGACUUCCGAAAAACAUCAAAAUCCGAGAAAUCUGGGAGUCCCUGACCGCCAUCCAUCUCAGCAUCGGCAGGGUCGAGAUAUAUGAGAACGACGACGGAUCAAGAACCGGAAAGGCGCGAGUCAUCGUUGAGCCGCCUCCGAGCAGAUGGCCGACAUGGAGCGGCCCUGACAACCUCCUUACCAUCACUAGAGCAGACUCCCCGAAAGUGACAGUGUCAUUCGAAGCAAGACCAUUCUUCCCGGACCGCACUCGGACGCCUUGCAACAGGACCAUCCCCCCACAGUUCUGUCAGAAGAAGUUCCUGCCCUCAAAGUUGGUGUUUGGAAUGAUGGCCAGCGAAUCAACCAUGUGGAACCUGCCACAGUUCAGCUAUGAGGACGUUGUGCUGUUGACGAAUUUCUCCAAGCGACUGUUCGAGAUUCAGUUCAAGGUCAAACUUGGCCGUUACGGCUUGAAAGCCUUCAAAUUGCAAAUUGAUUUCAGCCACCCCACAAAGUUCAUCUGGGGCACCCGCAAAAACGGCGCCUGGGGUUUGGCCAUGCUGCUUCCCAGCCCUCCCAAAAUCUAUGGUCGCUUACCCGUUUCUCAUGAUGAUGACCAGUCGCUGUGGCAGGAAUGGGACUUGUGGGCCCGGAAGACGGACAUAUCCAGCGAGUUACACAAGUUGAAACGCCUUCCCGCCAGUCUCGUGAAGCCAGUUGGGCAAUACGUCGAAUGUGGCCGCUGGACAACUUACUAUCUCGACAUUGACUCCUCUUUGAGUGAGUGGGAAGUUGUCAGAAAAUACUUGGCAGAUUACAACGUCCAGAUUGUACAAGUCAACCGUUUUGAGCUCGUUAGUCCCGGUCCAUCCAAUGUCUGGAAACUGCUUGAUAAUUCGGUUGAGAUGACACUCGAGCUUCUUAGUUCGACAAAUACUUAUCACCUCGACUUCCCAGUGCGGUAUCAGUUGGAAGUCUGCAUCUCUCAUGGUCUCCUCGAUGAAUACAGCGUCGAUUCCCAGUUUCUCGACAAACUCAAUAGCUUCGAUGCCGAUAGAGCCAGGAUGAUGCUCGAAGGUGUCGCCGAAGCCAGCAGGCAGUUCUACGAACCCAUGAAGAUGUUUGACGAUCCGAAGGUCCUGCACUACUGGCCAAAUGCUAGAAUUCCUCCCUACGCAACUCUGGUCCGCAGGGCCGUCAUCACUCCAACCACAAUCUAUUUCAAAACUCCUUGCGUCGAAUUGACCAACAGGAUCCUUCGCAAGUACUCUGACCUGAACGACAGAUUCCUCCGAGUCCAGUUUACGGAUGAGAUUACCUUUGGCAAGAUAUUCUCUUCUCAAGGUUCCAACAAAGAUGACAACGUGUACACUCGUGUUCACAGGGUCAUGCAAAACGGCAUUAUCAUAGGCGACCGUCAUUACAAAUUCUUGGCGUUCAGCAACUCACAAUUCAGGGAGAACGGCGCAUUCUUCUUUUGUGAAACCGAUCAUGUUACUUGUGACUCCAUACGCGAAUGGAUGGGAGACUUCCGGCAUAUACGCUCUGUCGGCAAAUUUGCUGCGAGAAUGGGUCAGUGUUUUACCACAACACGUCAAGUCAAUGGCAUCAGCAUACCAAAGAUUCGCCAGAUUGACGACAUACGGCGACAAACUGAUGACCACACCUGGAACUUCACUGAUGGAGUGGGCAAGAUAUCCGACUUCUUUGCAAAACUGAUCGCAAGCGAGCGCGACUUGCCAGAGACGCCUUCAUGCUUCCAGAUGAGAAUGGGCGGCUGCAAGGGCGUGGUCGUGGUCUGGCCUGACGUCCCGCCGAGCGAAGUCCACGUCCGACCUUCUCAAGAGAAGUUCAAGGCUGUAUACAACGGCCUCGAGAUCAUCAAGACCUCCGCAUUCUCCCAUGCCACUCUCAACAAGCAGGUCAUUCCUGUCCUAGUCGCCCUUGGUGUGGACAAGUCCGUCUUCGUCAGCAUGCUCUAUGAUGAGCUCAAAGAGUACGACGAAGCUUUGGCAGAUUCCAUAAAGGCUGGUGAACUCCUUCGAUCUCAAGUCGAUGAAAACCAGACGACAUUGACCAUGGCAGAGAUGGUCGACACGUUCAUGGAUUCCGAAGAGCCAUUCCUCUGGACCCUGCUUCGCUUGUGGAAGUGCUGGGUAUUGAAGAGGUUGAAGCACAAAUUCGCUAUAAGUGUCAAGAACAGCGCCAUGGUCUUCGGCGUUGUCGACGAGAUUGGUGUGCUGAGGGGUCACUCGCAAGCCACUGAAGGCAGGGGAUACAAUAGUAUCGAGUCGCUCCCACAAAUCUUCCUUCAAGUGCCUAUUGAGGGCAACGAUGGUAGAAGUACCACCAACUACGAAGUUAUCACUGGGAUUUGCGUCGUUGGCCGCAACCCAUCACUCCAUCCUGGAGAUGUGCGAGUUGUUGAGGCAGUAGACGUGCCUGAGCUUCGACACUUGAAGAACGUCGUCGUUUUCCCGAAGACUGGGGACAGGGACAUUCCCAGCAUGUGUUCUGGAGGUGAUAUGGACGGAGAUGAUUACUUUGUCUAUUGGGAUGAGCGACUCAUCCCACCUGAGUGGGACCAUCCGCCCCUGGACCACGAUGCGGACUCCUCCACUCCUGGACUUGAUAAGUCGGCAGAUGUGACAAUUGAGGAUGUCACCAGCUUCUUUGCCCAAUAUAUGAAGAACGAUUCCCUGGGCCGAAUCGCCACUGCGCACUUUGCCCAGGCAGACCAAUUGCCAGGGGGCGUCAAGAACCCGAAAUGCAUCGAACUCGCCAAGCUCCACUCCAUUGCUGUCGACUAUAUUAAGUCUGGCAGACCUGCGGUCAUGAAGAGACACCUCCAGCCUCGAAAAUGGCCGCAUUGGAUGGAGAAGUAUAAGGAAGAGAAGGAUAAGAAGCGUAACUAUCCUUCUCGCUCGGCGCUCGGUCAGAUCUAUGACCGGAUCAAGAUCGAAGAGUUCCACGCCGCAUACGAAAUGCCCUUCGACGCGCGCAUCCUCUCGCGCUACCAGCUGGAGGAAGAUACCCUGGCCAAGGCCAGCAAAAUCAAAGCCGCAUAUGACAUCGCCAUGCGCCGUCUCAUGGGACAACACGAGGCACCUGUCACCGAAUUCGAAAUUUGGUCCACAUUCAUUCUGUCCAGGCCGCGUGUGGGAAGCGACUAUAAGCUUCAAGAGAAUGUUGGCCGUGAUAUGGCCGCAUUGAAAGCACGUUUCAAAGCGGAGUGCAUGGAGGCUGUGACUGGGAAUAUCCAGACGGAAGGAUUUGCGCCCGCCAGCUCAGUUGUCAACGUCGAGAAGCUCGAUCGAUUCGUGGCGGCAAUGUACACAGUCACCCACAACGAUGUGAGGGCCGCGCUGAGGGAGCGAUCGAUGCCAAAGCCGAAUGGUGAGGGCGGAUCGGAGGAGAUCCAGAUGCCGCUCAUCAGCUUCCCGUGGCUCUUCCAUCGAGAGCUGGCGCGUGUGGCAUUGGGGCGAGGGGGCGACGUGCGUCCACUGCAGAAGUCUGUCUGGCUGAACCGAGAUGAAAGCCAACAGGCCCGGGACAGAGAUGUGGCAGUUGAAGAUGUGGAAUUUGAGAUACCGAGCGAUACAGCCUUACCCGAUGCCAUUAAUCUGGAGGUGGAGACACAACAGGCUCUCGAAGAUGUCAGUUCCAAGGAAGAAGGCUACGCAACUGAAAGAGGAGACGGCGCUGAAGACGGCGAGAUUGGUGACGACUACGUCCGUACAUCGAGCGGCCAGGUCGUCCAUCGCGGCCAAAUGCUGACCUUGUUCACGGAGACUGGCGAGGAGGUACAGGGCCAGCAGAGGACCUCGCCGGCUGGCACACAGGGCUUGCGGAGCGCUGACAGCACCUACAAUAAUUCGCUGAUCGCGGACGACAGCACGGGCAGUUCUUGUCCAGCCUCGCCCCGGUCCGAACGUAGAUCGGAGGAGGAGGAGACUAUUGAAUUUGAAGAGGUUGAUGACGCUGGUUAUGAGGAGGAAGAGGAUGCCCUUGAGGUGCUGGCGAGGAAGAUUGGCAUGUGA